AUGUCGUCCGCCGGCUCCGGCGGCGAGCCGUCAGGUUCCUCGUCCGCCAUCGUCGCCGACACGGCGAGCGGGUACCACCAUCUGACGAUCCACGGGUACUCCGGCACCAAGGGCGUUCCCACCGGAGAGUGCGUGAGUUCCCUCCCUUUCACCAUCGGCGGCCAUCGGUGGUGCAUCUACUACUACCCCAACGGCCUAAGCUCGGAAGUCGCGGGAUACAUAUCCCUCGAAUUAAUCCUCGACGAAGAUGUGGCGGAGGAGGUGAAGGCGCGGUGGGACAUCUGCCUCGCCGGCGAGCUGGAGGAGGCGAAUCAAUUGGCGUCGAUGGCGUCGGCAUCGGUGGACAACUUCGCCUCCCGGACCGGCUGGUGGUACAGGACCUUCGCCAAAAGGGAGGACCUGGAGAGGUCCAAGCAUCUCAGGAACGAUUCGUUCACCAUCCGCUGCGACAUCAUAGUCGUCCACGGUUGCCGCGCGGUGGCUUUCGUCUCCGUGCCCCCGUGCGACCUGCGCCGGCAUCUGGGCGAGCUCCUCGAGACUGAGAAGGGUGCCGAUGUGGUGUUCGAGGUGGGCGGUGAGACCGUUGCCGCGCACCGGUGUGUGCUCGCAGCUCGCUCCUCGGUCUUCAGUGCCGAGCUCUUUGGACCGAUGAAGGAAGGCAAUGCUGCAGGUGUCGUCGUGCACAUAGAAGACAUGGAUGCAGAGGUAUUCAAGGCGUUGCUCCAUUUCGUCUACACAGGCUCAUUGCCGCAGACACAGACACUGAAGGAAGAUGAAGACGUCACCUACCAGCACAUGCUCGUCGCAGCAGACAGGUAUGGUAUGGAGCGGAUGAAGCUGAUCUGCGAGGAGAAGCUGUCCGAGUACAUCGAUGUCGGGUCGGCAGCGACCAUCUUGGCACUAGCCGACCAGCACCAUUGUGAGGGGCUGAAGAAGGCGUGCUUCAAUUUUCUUGCUGCUCCGACAACUCUGAGGGCGGUAAUGGCCACUGACGGUUUCCAGCAUCUGAGCAGGAGCUGCCCUUCUCUGAUGGUCGAGCUCAUGGCCAUGUCCUUGCGGCAUUAGCUGAGUGAUCGAUGGUGAGUGUUCUAGGCUUAUAGCAAUGGUGAAUCAUGGUUUCUAGACUAAUGUAAUCAGGUAGCUGUCUUAGUAGUAUAUGGCUGCAUCUAUCCUAAUUAGCCUCAUUUUGCCCCUGUUUUGUCAGUUCAUUGCAUCUGCAAAUGUGCCAAUUAAUCAGUUGAGAGGGCAUACAGUGCUCAGGUUUUGGGCAAUGGUAGCCGAUGAUUUGUAUGUAUACCUUUGUCAUGUGAUUGCUCCUAUAUUAGCAAUGAGUACUACAUGGUUUCUGAACCUUAUCCACUUAUGCGGCACUUGCCAAUUUUUCAUGGAUGGCUAUUUUCCAGGUAGAUGUUCUGAUUGAACUUCAGCCACCCUUACUGUUAGUUAUCUAGCUAUAUUAUUUUCCAUCAUAUAUAUAGUGAUGCAAAGCACUUGUACUUUCUCUUUUGCAACGAGAUGUUAAAAUAGUCUCUUAUGUACUCUGCAUGUUAAGCAACAGUACUUCGUUAUCAGAUAGCUUGAUCAUAGCAUCGACGCUGGUCCUGUCAUUUCCUUUUUUACAAAUGUGACAUCCCAGAAACUUAAGGUGGAAAAUCCUAUACUUUUUCUUUGCAUUAUAUCAUGCAUCAUUAGCACUAUCUUAAGUUGCACCUCUGCAGAUCCUAGAUGCUACAGUUUCUAAUUAUUGAAUAUAUCAAACCUUGUUCCAGUGAGUCGGAAAAUCAACCAUAACUUCUCCACUUUCUUUAAGCUACAGAUUGCCUAUCUCUGGAUGUAGGCACUGUUUUAUUUCAAUACCUUAUCAAACAAAAUUAUUUUGAUUUCAGAUCUCUACAGCUUCUAUAAGGCUGGGUAAAAUGCGGAGAGUUAGUUUUUUUUUUCUUCUUGCCUUACGGUUAUCCUCUAAACAGUGCAAGUUUGAUGUCUACCUGUAUUGCUAGUAAAUGUUGUUUCCCUUCUAUUUUUCACGGGAAGUUUUCGUUUCACCGCUGGAAAGUGGGGUCAACCAAUGGACAGGUGUCCAGCUCCUUUUUUUUUUUCCUUAUCUCCCGGAUGCCUCCUUUACUGCAUCGAGCAGCAACAGAGACCUCUGCCUCUCUUUUCCCCACUGUCAAAAUCAGUUCCUCCUCCAC